AUGGUACAAGAACUAGAAUUGGAGUUGGAACAAGGUAAUGUGAAGAAUGGAGACAUCCUAAACAAGGUUUGGUGGAGUUCCGUGCCUUUGAAGAUUCAAGCAUUUGUUUGGAGGGCGAUCCAGGAUCAUAUUCCUUCAAAGCAAAACCUGGUUUCGAGAGAUAUAGUAAUUCCUAAUGAAGCUUGCUGUCAUAUGGUGGAAUUAUAA